CAUAUUCGAGGGUCGAUGGUUGAAGUUACAUAUUUUGAGAGGCAAAAAUGAAGAAGGCGCGUGCAAUACAAGUGGAGAAGAUAGUAGUAUAGUGUAAGUUGUGAGCUGUGCAAUGUAAGUACUGUACUGGGCCCCCACCACCCAUGUGCCUUCUUCCUGUCUCCACCAAUUCCUGUUUCCAACUCAAUCAUUACAUUACAUUACACACACUUCUCCUCCUUCUACCUUCUCCCUUCUCUUUUUCACUUCAUUAUUUCAAUUUCAACAAUUAAUCAAAUACCCAAAACCCCUCAUUCCCAUUCUCCACAAUACAAUAAAAAAUUAACCCACAACUAUUUCAUGUCUAACUGCAAGGAAACAACUAACGCCGUAACUAUCACUAACGGCGCAACAACAACAACAACAGAACCGGAAACUACGCAACGAAACACCAUCGCCGUUAAAAAACCACCGUCCAAAGACCGUCACAGCAAAGUAGACGGACGUGGAAGAAGAAUACGUAUGCCAAUAAUUUGCGCCGCACGUGUUUUCCAGCUUACACGUGAGCUCGGUCACAAAUCCGACGGUCAAACAAUCGAGUGGCUUCUCCGGCAGGCGGAACCCUCCAUCAUCGCCGCCACCGGCACCGGAACCACUCCCGCUUCAUUUUCAUCUCUCUCUGAACACAAACCUUUUCUCCCUCCUUCUCCUUUCAUUCUCGGAAAACGAUUACGUUCUGAACAAGACGACGCCGUUGCCGUUGCUGCGCAUCCUGCUCCGCCCGCUCUAUGGCGGCCUGACUUCGCGCAACUCUGGAGCUUCGCCGCCGCCGCACAACCUCCACCGGAAGUUCUUUCCAUUUCUCCGCAACAGCAACAGCACAAUUCGUUGUUUCAUCAUCAACAACAGCAGCAACAACAACAACAUCAAGCUUCCAUGGGAGAAGCUUCGGCGGCGAGGUUAGGGAAUUACCUUCCUGGACAUCUUAAUUUGCUGGCUUCAUUGUCCGGCGGUAACGGAAAUUCCGGCCGGGACGACGAUGAGCAUCGUUGAUUGAGGCAUCAAUGUUCAAGUUCUUAGUAUAUAUAUAUAUAUUAUGAUGUGUGUGUGUGUUUAAUUUUAUGGCUAUGGUUUUGUUCCUUUUGAUUGUUGUGUGUGGUCAAGUAGAAGAUUCUUAGUCAAAUUUUAGGGUUAGGUUAUUGUUUAUUUUGGAAUUGUGAAGUCCUUGAAUUGAGGAGUUCAAUUAGGGUUUUCCUAGGGAGGAAAACUGAUUAGUUUUUUAGAAGAUGAUGAAUUAUUUACUAGAUUAUUGAGGUCUUUGGUUGAGGAGAAAAUUAAAGCAUGGAUUAGUAUGAUAUGAUACGAAUGAUGAAUAAUUAGUGAUUAAAGCUUGAUUGGUAUGCAAAUGCAAGUGUAAUAAUGGAAUGGGAUGAGUCGAAGAGUGCUUCAAGCUAAAUGAAGAUCAAACCUGGGGUGAUGAGUUGAGUUGGUGUUUCUUUUUCCUGAUAAAUAAAAUUUAGGGUGAGAGGAUCAUGCUCCAGUCCAAAGUAGGGAAGACCUUCAGGCUCACUGUGCACUUACAAUUUACAUUGGCAUCCCUUCAAUGGGACUAGCAGGGAUCAAAUCCGCAACUUGUGGAUCCAAUGGCAGUCAUGGUUGGUUUUGAAUUUUACAUUGAGAGUGCAAGUUUAGUUAUUCAUAUAAUAAGCAUAGGUUAAUGAGUAAAUGCCUAUCUGAUGAUCAAUUGGAGUAUCAAUCUUUUCAGAAUUUCAUGCUUCUCGGCUGUGUCAAUUGAGCAUUAUCGAGGUCUGUUUGAAGUGGCCGUGGUAGGACUUUGGCGUAGCUUCUGGUGAGCUCUGCCUUACUUUGUCCUUCACUUUCACUCUUUUUUGUGCUCUUAGUUGUUUGAGAGAGGACUAGUACCUGUAAGUCAUGGACUACUGGUUCUACUCUUUAAGAUCUCUGUUUGAGAUUUUUAUUUGCAAUUCUUAUCCAUUUGUUAGAUUGAUCAGUGUGAGUGACUGAGAAUAAUGUAUUUGUAACUUGAUUGUAGUGGGGUGUUACUGAAAUUAAUAAAAACCCAUUUUUUCUUUCUUAAUA